AUGGGCUUCUCUGCCGCCAACAAGCACAAGCCGCGCUUGUACGCAUGGUUCUCCAACAUAGCUCUUACUGGCAUCAUCGUGCAGGUUCUUUUCGCCUACAUGAACAAAGCCAACAUCGUCGUGUUCGCUCUUCGGCUCUUCUGCUACGUCUACGCAAG